GAAUACGACAACGCGCGGGUGUAAGCGCACCGAGGUCCAGCUAAAAUUCACUGUGAGAGUGUUUCAGAGUGCUCUACGACUUCGGCGCGUUCACAUCCGCUGGGUAAUAACUAAAAGUCUGACAUUCAAAAAUCGUGUAGCGCGAAAAAAUUGAGAAAAUCACGUGACGGAAUAUCGAUUGAGAGAAUUUAAUGAGUUGAGUGACUUUUUAUUGUCGGAGUGAUCAGCUUUCAAUUUUAUCGAAGGGGGAGACGGAUUCAGUGAUCAUGAAGUGGUGGACAAUUGUUAUUUUUUUUGCUGGCUCCACGUGGGCGGGAAACACCAUCGACGGAUCCAGGUGCACGGAUAUACAGACGCAGAAGGAUUUGGACCUCGAUGGGAUAAUCGGAAAAUGGUACGUGAUAGAAAUUCUGGACCACAGGCCAUCGCCAACGCAAUCAUCCCCGACAUCAAUGCGCCCAAAGAUCCUGGACACGUGUCCAAUAGUGAGAAUUCGACUGGACCGUCGACGGGACUCGACGUCAGAAGUUCUGAAAGUUCUCUGGACCGAGGAAAAGGGAAACAUCGAGUACACAUUUGGCGUUAUUGAUCUGAGAAAUUCCCCCGGCUUCUGGACAUCAAUCAGCCCCCAAAAUGGUACACUAAUGAGAGAUCCGACCUUCAGUUACGUUCAAUUCGAUGGAACUGUUCACGUGAUGAAAGCAGUGAUGCACGAGCUGCUCCUGACCUUCUGCUCGCGUUACCCGGGUAAUCAAUUUUACUCGAUUCUCCUGGGUCGCCGGCACAAGCUGGAACGCGGCACCAAGAGCAUUCACUAUCUCCUGGAGCAUCGAAAAAUUAUGAUAUCCAGCAUUCAGUCAACCUGCUCCAAAGGCACUGGGGUUUCAAUUCAACAGAGCAAUACCAUCAGCAUCAGCCUCCUGGGAGCUAUUGCUCUAGCUAUUCUCAGGUUCUUUUCCGCCACGUUCAAUUCAGACUGGUAAUGACUCCAAUUUUACAAAGAUAAAGAAUAAUAAAAAUAAAUAAACUAACAAUAUUUGUCAAAUUAAAAAGAUUUUAACAGAGUUUUCUCUUUGAGAGUUGAUGAUACCAUCAAUUGUCCAACACAUUCGGCAAAUUAUUCUGUAUUUGUUGAAUCAACAAUCAAUAAAUUUGCCUAUAUUUCAUUGCAAUGUGUUCUGAUGGGUGUGAAUUCGCUGGAUAUUGGAAAGGGAUUUUUUCGGGAUGAGUAUCAUUUGAAGAGCCGAGAUAGGGGAGAAAAAUUAUUCCUAAGAAUUACAGAUAAUAAAUGAGACGCUGGGAUUUACUUUGAAAAAAUCACCCCUCCAAGAGGCUAAUCGUCGUUAAAUACGUUAGGUUGUAAAUCGAUGGUACUUUUUUCCUUCAUUCACUGAUGAUGAAAAAAAGUUGAGUGAUGGUAACAAUAAAUUUUCGCCCCUCCAAUGUUACGUUUAAAAAAAAUAUCCUCUAGAGUAUUUAUCACCGUGAAAAUGCUCGAGAUUAUUAACAUUAAUAUCAUAGUAUAUAAUCCGUACAUGAGUCAUGUGCGUCAAAUAUAUUGUAUGUACGAUGACAAUGAAUUUUAAAAAAAAUGGAUGACUGCGUUCAUCAGUUGAGUUUAUUAAAAAAAUUAUUGAAUAAUGUCAGAAUAUAUUUUAAUAAUUAAGUUACUAGGAUUUUCAUAGAGUAUAUGGAAUUGAGUUAUGAGUAUUGUCAUGUCAUUAAUUGUGUUUGCUAUUUGUACAUGAAUCAUCAGAUUGUGCGUGUUGAUUUUUUAAUUUAUUAUUAUUUAAAUGAGACGGAGGUAAAAGGCACGAAUAAAGUGGAAAAAUAAUAA